UGUUUUGAGCAACUUCGCUUCCAUCCCGAUUGGACCCAAGAAAAGCCAUCACGAACUCCCCUCAUUGGCAUCACUGGCAUCACUGACAUCACUAUAUCUUCAAGCUGACUCUUCAGUUAUUCGAUGCUAUUGUCGAAAUGAAUCGCAUUUUUAAAUUUGAUUUUUGUGUACUCCAUCGCGCGUCGUGUAGCAUUAAUUUUUCAUUGUCUUAAUUGAAGAUCACGGAUUCUAUCCAUCAAAACUACUUUUAAAACACCCUCGAUUCGGCUUGAUUUAAUUGACUCUCACAAAAGAACUCUGCAUCCAACUCAUACGAUACCACAGCCCACCGUCCCAAUCCUUCAACCCUCCUACAUCCCCCUAACCAAAACAAAACAAAACAAAAAUGGGUCUCCCAUACAGCAAACAAAUCCGCCUCGCCUUCACCCAAUCCCAAACCAUGAUGCAACGAGUGCAAACCGAAGUAACCCCCUUAGUAGCAGCAGGCUACCCAUUAAUAACCUCCGGUUUCGAAGUCCUCAAAACGACAAAAAAUAUCGCGAUAUUAUUAGCCGUUGUACAGGUUUAUACGGCGAUUAUGUUGACGGUGAUACUAGGGGUGUUGGUGAUGCUGCUGGUGGAGGUGAAUCCGGAGUUGGAGGGGAGAGAGAGGUGGGUUACCUGGUUUUGAGGGGUGUGUGGGGUGGGGUGUGAGGUGGGGGUUGGGUGCGGUGGACGGGGGGUGUUGGUUGUAGGGGUGUGGCGGGGGGGGG